AGUGGCGGCGGGCGGAGGCAGGGGCGGCGGCGGCGGCGGCCCGCACCAGCCAUGCCGAAUAAAAACAAGAAGGAGAAAGAACCACCAAAACCGGUGAAAAGUGGAAAAGGUCCAAAAGAAGGACAAGAUACAGCAGAAGCAGAGAUAGCCAGCAGGAAAAACAGCCUCACGGCUGUCCAGUCUUCAACAUCUACUAAAAUAAAAGUACCAAUCCCUCAACCCGUCGUCGUUCCUGUGAAGAAAGACAAACGGCAGAAUUCUUCACGGUUUAAUGCCAGCAAUAAUAGAGAACUACAAAAACUCCCAUCUUUAAAAGAUGUUCCUCCUGCGGAUCAAGAGAAGCUUUUUAUCCAGAAGCUACGCCAGUGUUGUGUCCUCUUUGACUUUGUCUCUGACCCACUGAGUGACCUGAAGUGGAAGGAAGUGAAGCGCGCUGCGCUGAGCGAGAUGGUGGAGUAUAUCACCCACAACCGGAACGUGAUCACGGAGCCCAUUUACCCUGAGGCCGUCCACAUGUUUGCAGUUAACAUGUUCCGAACCUUGCCACCUUCCUCCAAUCCCACGGGAGCAGAAUUCGACCCAGAAGAGGAUGAACCAACGUUAGAAGCAGCCUGGCCUCAUCUGCAGCUUGUUUAUGAAUUUUUCUUAAGAUUUUUAGAGUCUCCAGAUUUCCAACCCAAUAUAGCAAAGAAAUAUAUUGAUCAGAAAUUUGUAUUGCAGCUUCUAGAGCUGUUUGACAGCGAGGAUCCUCGGGAGAGAGAUUUUCUAAAAACCACCCUGCACAGAAUCUAUGGGAAGUUCUUAGGCCUGCGCGCUUACAUCAGGAAACAGAUCAAUAAUAUAUUUUAUAGGUUUAUCUAUGAGACAGAGCAUCACAAUGGCAUAGCGGAGUUACUGGAGAUCCUGGGAAGUAUAAUUAAUGGAUUUGCCUUACCACUGAAGGAGGAACACAAGAUUUUCCUGCUGAAGGUGUUGCUGCCCUUGCACAAAGUGAAGUCCCUGAGUGUCUACCAUCCCCAGCUGGCGUACUGUGUCGUUCAGUUUUUAGAGAAGGACAGCACCCUCACUGAACCAGUGGUAAUGGCACUUCUCAAAUACUGGCCAAAGACUCACAGUCCAAAAGAAGUAAUGUUCUUAAAUGAAUUAGAAGAAAUUUUAGAUGUAAUUGAACCAUCAGAGUUUGUGAAGAUCAUGGAACCUCUUUUUCGACAGUUAGCCAAGUGUGUUUCCAGCCCUCACUUCCAGGUGGCCGAGCGGGCGCUCUAUUACUGGAACAACGAGUACAUCAUGAGUUUAAUCAGUGACAACGCAGCAAAGAUUCUGCCCAUCAUGUUUCCGUCCUUAUACCGCAACUCAAAGACCCACUGGAACAAGACAAUACAUGGCUUGAUAUACAACGCCCUGAAACUCUUCAUGGAGAUGAACCAAAAACUCUUCGAUGACUGCACCCAGCAGUUCAAAGCAGAGAAACUGAAAGAGAAGCUAAAAAUGAAAGAGCGAGAAGAAGCAUGGGUUAAAAUAGAAAAUCUAGCCAAAGCGAAUCCCCAGUAUGCAGUGUAUAGUCAAGCCAGUGCCGUGAGCAUUCCGGUCGCAAUGGAGACAGAUGGGCCUCAGUUUGAAGAUGUGCAGAUGCUGAAAAAGACAGUGAGCGACGAGGCUCGUCAGGUAAAAGUUGGUCGGGAGAAAAGCCAUGACAGCCACGCAAGUCAGGAAGGUGUAGAGACGGACUGGGCAGCGCAGGCACAGAAGGAGCUGAAGAGGGAUCGUCCCCUCCUGCGCCGCAAGUCCGAGCUGCCUCAGGACCCCCACACCGAGAAAGCCUUGGAAGCUCACUGCAGAGCCAGUGAGCUGCUCUCCCAGGACGGGCGCUAGCGUCUGGAGCAGCACGCCGAGCUGGGCCUGUCGGUUCUCUUCUGGAUGCUGUAGAAAAGACAUACUGUGUGUGCCAUACCAGUCAGUUACACUCAAAGUCAAAGCUUCCUCUGACCCCGUUCUGUAGGCAAUAAUGCAUGUCCGCCUCAGCUCGAGAUUAGGAGUUCAAACAAUGGUGGCUUCUCUGGCCCUGCUGGCCAAGCAGGGGGCUGGGGGAAUUGGUGACAGUGUCCCCACCAUGUUGUCACCACCCCAGCACAGCCCUGAGUGAGAUCCAAAGUCAGAGCUGUAGGAAAGCACCCUGACUGUCAUCUUCUCGGACCCAGUUAGACCCUGUGGUCCUCUGAAAUACGGAUUCUGUGGUAACAUGGACGAUGUCGCAAAUCAAACGCACAUGGUAAAAGGUGUCUCCUCCCUUUUAAGACUUUACAACCCUGACGUUGUCCCCACGCUUGCAGUGCCAGCCGCCCAUGGUGGUUGGUUAGGUCUCUCAGAGAUGGCUCCUCGCUUUCCCGUUCUAGCUGCCUGCCGGGAAAGAGGCCAACUUUCCUCAGUGUUGGGGCCAUCCGUCCACAGUGUUUCUUUCCUUUGGUUAAUGGCACGGUCACCAUGUCCUGCUUACCUUAAUGUCUACCGAAAGCCAUAUUUCAUAGUCUGUGGUAGAGGCCAGGGUUCCACCUCAGCGCAAGGGAGAGCUCUGAGAAGUGCUUCCUCAGCCCACCUUGAGGAGAACCGCCAUGUUGAAAUGACGUGUUCAUGUUAGUUGCAGAAUCAGUUUUUCACCUACUUACACAUGGUCCUUCAACAAAGGCUCUCGAGUGGAUAAAGAUCACAGGAUCUAAGAAUUCCACAUUUGUAGAAAGUGACAGUAAACUCAGCCCCUUGGCCUAGUGCAGCCUGCAGCCGCCUGUGGCCUGACUGUGGGCCACACUGCGUGGGCACCCUCCAUGAGCCUGUCUUUCUGUUGGAAAAAGCACGUGUCCCCAAGCUGGCGAGGAAAGGCGCAGUGCCCGCGUCCGCACUGGUCUCCACACGCUGCUCCGGGCUUCCCAGAAUUCUUGCAUGAAUUAAGCUUCUGUUUUAGAUGGGCUAGCACGAGGAGAUACAUCCUUAAACUUAGUGCUUUGUCGUCUUUUCCUCUCAGGGUGGCCAGUAUUUUGACUUAUUUAUCCUGCUCGAAAGCUGCUUGAAAUGUGUACUGCUCUCUGAAACAGUGACAAGUCUUCUCUUGUCUCCAGCACAUAUAUAACUCAGUGUUACAUGUCUUGAUGCAUAAGAUACGGUAAAAAAAAAAAAAAAAAAAGAAAAAAAAUGGGGCUUCUUUUAAAAUCCGGUUUUAACCGUGGUCUCGGGUGUCUGUGUAAAGGUGGUGAGAUCAGACAUCGCUCUCUCGCGGCCAUGGAGCCGGCUUCUGGGUCCCCUUAGAUGGCUGUGGAUGCUCGUGCUGUGGAUGCUCGUGCCCCGUGGCGGGGGAAGAAGGGCGUGUGGAGGGAGGGAGAGCCAGCACGGCUAGUCAGAAAGGCGGCCUCAGCUGAGGGUGAACAGGUUGGCCGCUUGGGUGAGAACACUUCCUGAGAAACUUGACAAGUACCUAUCCACUUUACCAUUAUGAAAUCUAUAAUUUAAAAAAAAAAAAGUUGAGAUGCCUUCUCCUUUUGAGGGAAAAAGGGUGCUUUUAUUGUAUAAAGCAGCGUCUCUGUGUUUUGAUACCCCACUGUUUGAACUCUCGUCUUUAGCUGGUAGAGUCUCAGAUAUCCCUGACGUGUGGGGCAUUCCGGGUGUGGUGAGAGGUCCCAAGAGGCUCCUUUGCCCUGCGUGAAGAGCAUGCUAUCAGUCUACGGGUGAUUGUGCAAAGCUCGGCGCGGCGGAGCAUCUUCUGCUCUAGGUUUUAUUUCUGCUCUUUAUUGAAGACAAACAUUCGCCAAUAAAGAAAAGAAAAAAAUGUUUUGAGAGAAACUAAUUUUCUUUGGCAAGAGUAUUACUUAAAUUUUUGGCCUAUUGAGGUUCCCCUAGUUAGUACUCGGAUUCCCCUGCUAAUUGUUCAGCUUGUAUGUUGUUAAGACACUGUUGGUUCUGUACCAGACUGGUUUCAAAACAAACAAAAAAAAAGUACCACAUUGAAAAUAAACGGGUGACUGUUUUUCUUCAUAUGGCUCUAGUUUGGCACCUUCACUCUUUCCAAAAUGUGUCUGUGCGCCAGAGAUGUCACAGUUCAAGUGUCUUUCUAGUGUGGCUUUGUAUGGCUUCCUUUGAACAUUGUACAUACAUUGUAUCUUUGUUUUACGGUAAUAAGUAAUAAAAAAAUGUAGACUUCGUAUUUUGUACAAAAUGUCCUAUGUACAGAAUAAAAAAAGUUCAUAGAAACAGCAAAAAUAGGUUAAGUGGCACAGUUAUUUUUCUUUAGAAAAUACCUGUAACUUUAUGCUUUAGUGAACCGUUAAGUACCGACAUAUUUUUUAACAUUUUGUAAUUCAAAACUUUUUUGUUUUGACAUUGUUUAUGAAGAAAGACUUCAUGCACUUGCCAUUUAAUAUGCUCUUUUAUCUAAUUUUAAAGAACUCUUUAAAAUGGUGUAUUAUAUGGACUAAAUAAAGAACAUGUGAAUUUUAUCGCUCAU